AUGUCCAAUAUUCCAUUUUGUUUCAAAAACUUUUCUAAUGUAAGGGUGGUCUUAGAUUGCACUGAAAUACCAGCUCAAAAGCCAAAAUGCUUGUCUUGUAAAAUAAAACUAUAUAGUUAUUAUAAGUCACAAUUCACACUUAAGUUUUUAAUAGGUGUUUCCCCUGCAGKUCUCAUAACGUUUGUCAGUAAGCCUUAUGGGGGUAGGGCUUCUGAUAAUGUCAUAUUCCAACAAAGUAAUUUGAUUGAAUUACUUGAUAGAUCAGACGCUAUAAUGGUAGAUAGAGGAUUUAGAAUUGAUGAUAUUUGUAACGAAAAGGGUGUAACUCUGAUUAGACCACCCUUUUUAAGAGGAAAAUCUCAAUUUAGUAAAACUGAAGCCCUUCUUACAAGAGAAAUAGCAAGUGCAAGAGUACACAUAGAAAGAGUGAAUCAAAGACUUAAAACAUUUAAAAUACUACAGAACAAAUUUACUUGGGGCCAUGUUCACUUAGCGCACGACAUUAUGAUAAUAAUAAGUGGUAUUUGCAAUUUAAGUUCACCUAUAUUUUCAUCUGAUAAAUUUUGUUAA